AUGAACAGAGUCGCCGAGCUCCCCUCGAGAAGCCCCUUCUCCGUCCCAGGCGACAGACAGCGGAACAUUCCUGUGCUGAAUUCCUCCGUGCCGGCUGCUGAAGCUCAUCGCGGUGAUCCCAUGGAGGUGACAAGUGCCGUGCCGGCGACGUCGGUUUCAACCCACUCAGAUGGCGACUCCAGCGUACCCAAUGCAAACGGUUCGUCAGACGGUCCCAACACAAGUCACGCGAAUAGUUCAGGUCCGGGUCAAUCGCUAGGAGCAGCCGCCGCGGCGCAGCAACCAAAGGUAGUCCAGACGGCAUUUAUACAUAAGCUAUACAACAUGCUUGAAGAUCCGAGCAUCCAGCAUCUGAUCUCAUGGUCCACUUCGAACGAAAGCUUUGUCAUGUCCCCCACCUCCGAUUUCUCUAAGGUCUUGUCGCAAUACUUCAAACACACCAACAUCUCGUCGUUUGUGCGACAAUUAAACAUGUACGGAUUUCACAAAGUAAGCGAUGUCUUUCAUACGAGCUCGCCUGACUCAGCGCUCUGGGAAUUCAAACACGGCAAUGGGAACUUCAAAAGAGGCGAUUUGGUUGGUCUCCGAGAGAUCAAACGGCGAGCAUCCCGACAUACUCUUAUCCACCGGGAUUCCUUCUCGAACAACAAGCCGGGACUAUCGCAACCGGGAACUCCAGCUGAGCCCAUACCCGAUACGGGCGACAUGCGCAUCUUGAAUUUGGAGCACUCGAUGUAUGAGAUGCAAAAUCGCAUGUUGCGGUGGGAAGAGACCAACUACAUAUUGAGCUCUCGGUGUCAGGCGCUGGCAGAAUGCCUUGUCAAAUGCCAUCAGUGGACAAAUUCCAUUUCUCAAGUCCUUGUUACCAUGCAUCAAGAUCGUGACAGUACUCUAUAUCGCGAUGUUUCGGAGCUACAACAGGAGAUUGAACGGCAUCUAGAUAGCACACGUGCUCUGGAGACUCCUCAUGAAAGUCUUCUGUCUAGUCGACAACAGCCGUUCUACGCGAACGUAGCGGAAGCUGGCCCGCCUCUUUCUCCACGUCAGAUGCCUCAGGAUGACAGCCGCCGUCCUUCACUGGCAGAUACCUCCAAGCCAAAUGCUCUGAGAACUCAUAUUUCUCAACAUCUAGCUGCUUCACCCCGUCGUUACGGUUCUAUUGGCACCGGUCAUUCUUCUCCAGGUUACAAUCGGCCGCCACUUCCUCCUCAGCAGCAACCUCCACUGCCUCCGCCAUUGUCCACAGCUACCUCACCAUCUGAUUCAAGUAUGCUUGCCCGUCGACAUACUUCCGCAGAUAUCCGCCAGCACGGGUGGCCGCCAAGCGGGAUAUCGCCCUUUGGAAAUACAGCCGGCAACUCAUCUGGGCCGUGGCCGUCUUCUCCACAUCGAAUCCCUGCGUCAAGCGAUCAGCAAGUUCGCGAGGUCUUAGCACAGUACGAGCUCAGUGGGUCAAGGCGACGGAACCACAUAUCGCGACAUGCCACACCGCCUCUAGGCCCUCCUGAAUCAGGUCCACCACCACUUUCAUCUUCAUCUUCACAUCAACACCUAAGCGUUGAUCCUGCGUGGUCUGCUUCUGGCGCCUCCAGAUUCACACGUUAUGACACUUCUCUGCCAGCUACACGUCGAUCCAGUAUGGCUAGCAAUGUGCACUCACUUCUCAAUCCUACUGAUACUAGCGAACGGCCCGAGGAAGACGAUCCCAUCACCGAGGACCGCAAACGGAAACGAGUUCAAUAG